CAACAGAUGCAGGCAGACAUUUGCUCCUGCUUCUGAGGGAGGAGAGCAGGUCAACUCUGCAGGCCUCUUUCAGACAGCUCAUUUGGAACAGAACCCUGCCUGCAAAAUCAAGGCUUUCCAAUUCCCUGGCUAUCCCUAGGGACCACUGGCUACAGACCAGGCCUCAUGAAAACCCCAAAGGCAUCCCAGCGCUCCAGAAGCAUCCGGAGAAAUGCCAGCCAGUGCUAUCUCUACCAGGACUCCCUGCUUCUUGGUAACUCCGAUGACAGCUUUAAUGCUGAUGAAACGGGAGACAGCAGUGAUCCGGAACAAAUCUUCCAGAAUAUACAGUUUCAGAAAGAUCUCAUGGCAAAUAUCCGCUGCAGACCCUGGACCAUGGGGCAGAAGCUGCGGGCACUGAGGCGAGCCAAGGAAAUUGUGCUGAAGUUUGAAGGGAGGCUGACCAGGACUCGAGGCUACCAAGCAGCAGGAGCAGAGCUCUGGCGGAAAUUCGCCCGUCUGGCCUGUAACUUUGUGGUUAUCUUCAUCCCCUGGGAAAUGAGGAUAAAGAAAAUUGAGAGUCACUUUGGAUCUGGCGUGGCCUCCUACUUCAUCUUCCUGAGGUGGUUAUUUGGAAUUAACAUAGUGCUCACAGUGAUGACUGGUGCCUUUGUUGUCCUUCCUGAGCUGAUCGCAGGCCAGCCCUUUGGAAGUACAGCCAGCAAGACCAUUCCCCGAGAGCAGGUCACAUCUGCACAGGAUCUGGACACUGUCUGGUCCCUGGGGGGCUACCUUCAGUACUCUGUCCUGUUCUACGGGUACUACGGAAGAGAGAGGCAGAUCGGGAGAGCCGGCUACCGCCUGCCCUUGGCAUAUUUCCUGGUGGGGAUGGCAGUGUUUGCGUACAGCUUCAUCGUUCUCUUAAAAAAGAUGGCUAAGAACUCCCGCACCAGCCUGGCCAGUGCUUCCAAUGAAAACUACACCUUCUGCUGGCGGGUGUUUUGUGCCUGGGACUAUCUCAUUGGAAACCCAGAGGCUGCAGAAAGCAAAACAGCUGCCAUCCUGAACAGCAUUAGGGAGGCCAUACUGGAAGAGCAAGAAAAGAAAAAAAACAAAAACAUGGCGGUGACCGUCUGCCUGAGAAUCAUUGCCAACAUCCUAGUGCUCCUCUCACUGGCUGGAAGCAUCUAUCUCAUCUACUUUGUGGUGGACCGGUCCCAGAAGCUGGAGCAGUCGAAGAAGGAGCUGACGCUUUGGGAAAAGAAUGAGGUAAGCGUGGUAGUCUCCCUCGUCACCAUGCUAGCACCGUCUGCCUUUGACCUCAUCGCUGCCUUGGAGAUGUACCAUCCACGGACGACGCUGCGCUUCCAGUUAGCAAGGGUCCUGGUACUGUAUCUAGGAAAUCUCUACAGCUUGAUCAUUGCUCUUCUGGACAAAGUGAACAGCAUGAACAUUGAGGAAGCUGCUACUAAAAACAUCACAAGCCACUGGGCAGAUGCUCCCACUUUCUCUGCCACCAGGACAGUGUCUGAAGAAGGGCAGUGGCCCACACCUGGGUCAGGAGUGGAGCUCAGAAGAAACACUAGCACAUGGGUUGCGGAAGAGACAAGCUUUCUGACUUCUAUCACGCCACACACAAAGGCCAACAAGACAGUGCCCUACAUCCAGGGCCCACAAGGCCAGUGCUGGGAGACAUAUGUCGGCCAGGAGAUGCUGAAGCUGUCUGUCAUUGACAUGCUCUUCACCGUGGCCAGCAUCCUCCUCAUAGACUUCUUCCGGGGACUUUUUGUUCGCUACCUAAGUGACUAUUGGUGUUGGGACCUUGAAAGCAAGUUUCCUGAAUAUGGAGAAUUCAAGAUUGCCGAGAAUGUGCUGCACCUUGUCUACAAUCAAGGCAUGAUUUGGAUGGGGGCCUUCUUCUCUCCGUGUCUUCCAGCAUUCAAUGUUCUCAAGCUCAUUGGGCUGAUGUACUUGAGGAGCUGGGCAGUGCUGACCUGCAAUGUACCCCACCAGCAAGUGUUUCGAGCUUCCAGAUCCAACAACUUCUACCUGGCAAUGCUCCUGUUCAUGCUGUUCCUCUGCAUGCUGCCGACCAUCUUUGCGAUUGUCCACUACAAGCCAUCUCUGAACUGUGGUCCCUUCAGUGGACAAGAGAAGAUUUAUGACAUUGUGUCUGAGACGAUAGAGAAUGACUUCCCCACGUGGUUUCAUGCUGUAGUUGGACAUAUCAGCAGCCCCGUGGUGAUACUUCCAGCUGUGCUGCUCCUCAUGCUCAUCUACUACCUUCAGAGCAUCGCGAGAUCACUCAAGCUCAGCAGCCAGCAACUCAGGAUGCAGAUCCAAAACGCAAGUAUCAUCUGAACUCAGCUCUCAUCCAUGCCAACAUCAGCCCUGGCCAGAUACCUACACCUUCUCCAGCAUGAGAGUCCAAAGCAGCUCCAACCCUCAGGUUACAGGGCACAUGCACUGUGGUACAAAGUGACCACCCUCCAAGUUAUUUCUGAGAAUAGCCAGUGGUCACUUGCUUUUGCUGGGAGCAAGCCUGCUGCUCACUUGCACCCUCUUUGCAUGGCACCUCUGUAGACUUUAACAGACUGGUGAAGAGCCACCCCCACAUGGAUCAACUGAGCCCCUAGUACUGUUUGAACCCCAAGCACUCUGCUCUCUUCUUUCCUAUUCUUUAGAUUUGUGUCUGGCAUAGACUCCUUCCCACUUGGAGUACACACCUCUCCUAAAGUAACCAGAUUGAGGUAGAUACCCCCUGGCCUUCCGCUUCUCUGUUUCCUGCUCCCUCAAGGUCAGGAGGAGGCCAGGGACGUAUCCAAAGUACCAAACUCUCUGGGUCGUGUGUAUCCUGAAAGUCAUACUUCCUUAAGUGAGGCCUCCUGCUCACCUCCUGUCUCUCAUCAUCACUGAAAAACAAACCCAUGUACCCUUUUCUCUAGGGAAAGAAAACAACUGCUCCCAUACAUACAAAUUUAUGUAAAGGGGUAACAGCCUGGCUUCGUGAAACGUCAAGUUAGGAAUCCAUUUCCAGUUGCAGGGCAUUUUGUCCAUGGAUAUCUCCCUAGUGGCUCAUUUGUAUUUUCUUUGUGACUCAAACCAUUUCAGGCUGAGCCUCCCUAAUCUAAAGAUCUGAACUGCUUCAGGGCCUGAAAGUCCUGGAGUGUCAACAUGAGGCCGAGUGUAAAAUUCCAUAACAGGAAACUCUUUCAUGUACAAAACUGUCAAAAAUAAUAUCCUAUAAAGUCACCUCCAGGAUGAAUGUGCUCAGUACACGUAAAGCAAAAUGAAUCUCAACUGAGACUUGGGCCUCAUCCCUAAAAUAACCAGAAUAUGAAACUCUGCAGGUCCCAACUCCUUCAGCUACAGGAUACUGUUGGCCUUAGCAGAGUCUCACAUAUGCAUGAACUAAUUGUCCUUCCAGGAAACCCAUCAGGCAUAAAACCUUGGCUUUUCCAUGUCUACAUUUAUUCACUCAAAUAAAAGGUCUCGUCUCUAUGUCCUGAGCAUUCUGUCCUCAGUGGUACUAUUGUGUUCAGAGUAUGACUAAUAGCACAUAAGUCUUUUUCUCUCUCUGCAAAAUAAAAUAGUAACUGCUUCCUCUUAAACCUAAAGCAAACUG